GGCCGCUGCGCCGCGGUGGCUGCGGUUGCUAUGGCGAGGCCCCGCCCCCCGCUGACGCGCGCUGUGACGCGCGGUUGGUGGAGGAGGGCGGAGGGGGCGGGGCGGCGCGGCUCCAGGGCGCCGCAGACAGACUCGAGCCGCCGCUCGCGCCGGAGCCGCCACUGCCGCCGCCCCCCGCGCCCAGCAUGGUAAUGGCCGAGCCCCGGCGGCCCCCCCCGCUGCUGCCUCGCGGGCUCGGGCCCGUCCGCGUCGGCUUCUACGACAUCGAGGGCACGCUGGGCAAAGGCAACUUCGCCGUGGUCAAGCUGGCGCGGCACCGCAUCACGCGCAGCGAGGUGGCAAUAAAAAUCAUUGACAAAUCUCAGCUGGAUGCUGUAAAUCUGGAGAAGAUCUACCGAGAAGUACAGAUAAUGAAAAUGCUUGAUCACCCACACAUUAUAAAGCUCUACCAGGUGAUGGAGACUAAAAGCAUGUUGUACCUUGUGACAGAAUUUGCCAAAAAUGGAGAAAUUUUCGAUUACCUUGCCAGCCAUGGCCGUCUAAGUGAGUCUGAGGCCAGGCGCAAAUUCUGGCAGAUCCUCUCAGCAGUAGAGUAUUGCCAUGGUCGAAAGAUUGUUCACCGUGACCUGAAGGCUGAAAAUCUUUUGCUUGACAACAACAUGAACAUCAAAAUAGCAGAUUUUGGAUUUGGAAAUUUCUAUAAGAGUGGUGAGCCUCUGACGACAUGGUGUGGAAGCCCACCAUAUGCAGCCCCAGAAGUCUUUGAAGGACAGCAAUACGAGGGACCCCAGCUGGAUAUCUGGAGCAUGGGUGUAGUUCUUUAUGUUUUGGUCUGUGGAGCAUUACCUUUUGAUGGACCAACUCUCCCCAUACUGAGGCAGCGAGUUCUUGAAGGAAGGUUCAGGAUCCCUUAUUUUAUGUCAGAAGAGUGUGAACAUCUGAUUAGAAGAAUGUUGGUCCUAGACCCAUCCAAACGGUUAACUAUUGCUCAGAUUAAGGAGCAUAAGUGGAUGCUUAUAGAAGUUCCUGUACAGAGACCUAUUCUUUAUCCACCAGGAGAGGAGAAUGAGCCUUCCAUUGGAGAGUAUAAUGAACAGGUCUUACGGCUAAUGCACAGCCUUGGAAUAGACCAACAGAAAACUAUUGAGUCUCUGCAGAACAAGAGUUAUAACCACUUUGCUGCUAUCUAUUACUUGUUAGUGGAAAGACUCAAGUCACAUCGGAGUAGCUUCCCCGUGGAACAGAGACUUGAUGCUCGCCAGCGUCGGCCAAGCACCAUCGCUGAGCAGACAGUAGCCAAGACACAAGCUGCGGUACCCUCAGUUACCUUGCAUUCACAAAAUGCAAGGUUGUUGCAGUCUCCGGGUCUUCCCUCAGCUUCAGGAGCAGACGCCUUUUCAUUCCCUCCAUCCAGCUGCCAGGGAGAGACAGCAUUUAUGGAGGAAGAAAGAGUUGAGACACCAAAGAUAAAUGGCUGCCUGCUAGAUCCUGUACCUCCUGUGGUGAUUAGGAAAGGAUGCCAAUCACUACCUACUAGCAUGAUGGAAACUUCAAUUGAUGAAGGAAUAGAGACAGAAGGGGAGUCAGAAGAUGACCCUGCACAGGCAUUUGCAGCCCUCCAAGCAGCUCGCUGUGGGAAGCGACGUCACACUCUGGCAGAAGUUACCAAUCAGCUGGUGAUGAUGCCAGGCACAGGGAAAGUCUACUCAUUGGAUGAAAACGCAUCUCUGGGCAGUAUCGAUUCAGAGUACGGCAUGGGAUCCAUUCAGAGAGAUAUUAAAUUCCUGGAAGACACCCCUUCCUUGAAAGAAAUGGUGCUAACUAACCAACAAGCACCCAGAAUGACAACACCUUUCAUAGGUCUGAGACCUGCUAAUCCAGCCAUGCAAGCACUCGCCUCCCAAAAGCGAGAAACCCACAACCGCUCUCCUGUCAGUUUCCGAGAGGGGCGCAGAGCUUCUGACACAUCCCUCACACAAGGAAUUGUAGCAUUUAGACAGCACCUCCAGAAUCUGGCACGAACCAAAGGAAUCCUGGAACUGAACAAAGUUCAGUUGCUGUAUGAACAGAUGGGAUCAGAAGAAGAACCCUCUCUGACAUCAACUGCCACCCAGUUUCAGGACCUCAUUAAUAGUCCUCCAGAGGAGGAAGCAUCUCAGCAGCAGCAGGAAGCUGCAUCUGCUUUCCCUAAUGGUGCACAUCCCCCAUUGUUAUCCAGACGGCAGAGCUUAGAAACACAAUACUUACAACACAGGCUCCAGAAACCCAGUCUACUAUCAAAGACUCAGAAUACUUGCCAGCUAUACGGCAAAGAAUUGCCCCGGAGUCUGGAACAGCAGUUACAGGAACACAGGCUGCAUCAGAAGCGACUCUUUCUCCAGAAGCAGUCCCAGCUGCAGGCCUAUUUUAACCAGAUGCAAAUAGCUGAGAGCUCAUACCCAAGGUCAAGUCAACUGCCAAUUUCAUGCCAGGAGGAGCAACAGCAGCAGCAGCAACCAACCCAGUUCAGCUUGCAGCAGCCUCUGAGCCCUGUGAUGGAGCCUUCCUCAGAACAAAUGCAAUACGACCCCUUUCUCAGUCAAUACCAGAAGGUACAGCUGGAUCCACUGCCGCCCUCCCAGAUCACCAGCUCAUCACGGUUGUCAUCACCAGUUCAGGUGCAGCAGCCGCCACAGUCCCUACAAUAUUCAUAUCAGACUUGUGAAUUGCCUGUUGUCACCUCUUCUGAGCCAGACUACCCAGACCAAUGCCAGUAUUCCAUGGACCCAGCACAACAGAGCAGUGUAGCAUUGCCUGACAGCCAGAGCAGCUCAGCGUCUCACGAGUCCCAGUCAAACUAUGACGCAUUAACCCUCUCAGAAUUGCCUGGACUCUUUGAUUGUGAAAUGAUGGAGACUGUAGAUCCCCAGCACAGUGGCUAUGUCCUGGUGAAUUAAUAUCAUGGGGUGACUAACAUGGGAGUGGAAGACAGGACAAGCGGAGAAGCAUGUGAAUUUUUGUUUUUUGUUCCUACCCCAAAGUUCACAGCAAUUUUUCAAUCCUUGAAUUAACAGGGGAGCUAAAAAUCCACCUGACUGGAAAAAAAAAAGCAGGAGGUGGCAAGAAGUGUCUUGCUGGUGGCAGGGGCUAGAGAAAGAUAGUGCAGUUUCAUCCCACAAAGAACUAGUUUGCAUAGAAGAAGGCAAAAAAAGUGAAUUUUAGAGGAAGGAAAUAACCCCUUCUAAAAAAAUUGAGGAAUUUGUCAGCAUUCAUCUAACAUUCACUUGGAGAAACGAGAAUGAGUGCACAUUGUAUUGUACUUCUUGGCAAUAAAAGCAAUAGUUUUCAUUGAAAUUCAGGGUAGAUUUGGGUCUGCACUGAUGGCAACUGUAAUACUCUUACAACAGUAGUGUGAGGUGGAAUUAAAGGAAAGUUGCACUUUGGAAUCCCAUUGCUGGUUAAGCUACUGAUCUGGAACUACUCCAUGGUAAGUCUCCAAGAUCACCAGACAUCUCAGGCAGCCUCCACUUCCUCCUGCUAGCAAGUAAACUGUAUUUCCCAAGCUUCCCAAGGAACUCUUAAUUGCCCACUAAGGGAACCUUCUGGAUCUCUGCUAAGUGACACCUUGACUUUGUCAAAAGAUAUCUGACACUGACACAGGGCACCACAGUUAUUUGUAGAGGCCUCUGGGUGGGGAUGAGAUACUAAAAGAUAAGCUAACAGAGAGAGAGAAGGUAAGAAGUACCAGGGGCGGGGGGGGGGGGGGAAACACACACAACCAAGAGCUGCAGCCAAUGGCAUUUUAAAAAAAAAAAAAAAAAAGCAGCUACCUGGAUGGCUUUUGAAAUCAACCCUUUUUGCAGGCAGGCCUUUGUGGAGGGCUCUGUCUUGGAGAAGUUCCAAUCACUGGAAAGGAUCCAUCUGUCGUUCUGUUGCAUUUUAAAAACAAGCAAACAAACUGUGUUUUAAAUUUGCAGUAUGUGUUGCUGGUGGUUUAUUGAGCUUUGUAUAUUUGGACAAUUAUUUAGGGUUUUAGAAGUUAAGGAUAAAAACAAUGAGCUUAAAAAAACCCCUGUGAAGUGAUAGUGCUGUGCCUUUUUCAGUUCUUUAUCAGCCUAUAUGCUUUUUUCUGAAGAAAGUAGACAAUACCCCAUUUAUAUCCUUGCUGUAGCCAAAGUCCCUUCAGAGCACACGUUCCACCAUGUGGAACAUAAUGUUUAACUUUCUUAGUGUUUUGAUUGCUCAUGUAUAUAUAACAUUGAAAGUAUUACAGCAAUAUUUAGCAUCACAAACUGUUGAUGUAUCAACUGUUUCAAGAAAUACUAAACUCAACAAGCAGUUUUAUCUCCAAAACUUUCCAGUCAUGAAAUGCAAGUCAUAGGAAAAUUGUUUAGGAAUCUGCAGAAAGUUUAGAUCUUUAGUUUGGGUUUUGUCUCUAGCCUUUAAGUAUUGUGAGACAUUACGGGAUGAUAGACAAAUGAGGUUCACAGCUAGACCGUUCGGCCCUUUUCUGAGCAAAGAUUAAGCACAAUUGCAGAUUCAUUAAAGCACAAAGAAUGGCAGAGAAACUGUGCUGAUUGCAUAUGUAGAACACACCACUGUUUGCCGAAAAGUUUGGUGAGCUAAGGUCUUUGAUACUACAAAUAAUGAGGGUGUAGUCACCAAACUCAAAGUUUGGGUAUUAUUCAGGGCAUGUGGUCACUUAAAAAUGGAAUGAGUUGAAGAUGUAAUAGAAGGAUGAAACGAACAACAUACUUCUGGUAUGUUGGUUCAUCUGUGUUUGUCACAUCACAGAUCCAACCAAGCUAGAAAAAGGAGUUCUCAAAGCUGCUCUUUUUUCCUUCACUAGAAAGGUGGAUAAUCAGCCAGCAUUUACAGCAAUAAGACCGCAUUUACAUAUGGAAUAGUAAGACUUUAGUCACUGCGUUGUAGGCUGUGUGAAGGAGGAAAGGGUUUAAUAACUGAGAGAAGGCACCUUGUUUCUUGUAUACUACGAUUAGAGAGGCAACUCCUGUUGCUAUGUAGCCUGCUCUGAUAUCAGUCCAGUUGUGCAGCUGGACUCAAUUCAUUAGUGCUCAGCUUCUACCUCUGAUAUCACAGUGAUUCUCAAGGCAUCAGCAAAAGGGAGUUUAAAGAACAGGGAUCACAUCCAUACACUACUUAUGUGAUGCAAGAUAGAGAGGGCUAGAAAGCUCUACUUUAAAUAGCUGGUAUAAAAAAGGUUUUUAUUGUGUCCUUUUCCUUCAAAAGGAAACUCAUCUGACACAGUAAAUAGCUAUGGAACACAGAAACACCUUAAGUGACUAGCAAAGGGAAGGGAAAUGGCUUGACAAGUACUGCGGUAUAGCAGACCAGGCAUUUCACUACUGAAAAAAAAAAAAAAUAAAAAAGAAGAGAGAGAGGGGCAACAAAGAGUCCUGGCCUUUCAUUCCUUCUUCCCUACCCCACAGCAUAAUAAACACUUUCUGGAAUUUUAAUAUCUGACCAGGCACUCAAGGAACUACGUGGUGAAAAUUGCUAACAGGGCGCACACCACCUAUGGACCUAUGGAGACAGGCUCAGUUCUGCUCCAGAAGCUGGGUUACUGCUAUAACCACUUCCUUCCCCAUCCAACUCCAGGAUACUGUACACUUCAGGACUCAAAGAUAAAAAUAAUACUGGUUUUGAGUUUUGCGAUUCAUUUAUCAGGAUGUGCCAACUAGUCUAAGCUCAUUUGAGCUUUGCAGUGCUGGUAAAGGGGAAGCUACAGUGUUUUUUAAUGUAGUUUAGACUGACACUUCCCCUCAACCAAAAGCAUAUUUAACUUUUCAUGUAAUUUCCUUUAAGCCAAUUAGAAUAAAAGGCUUCUAGUGCCUUCUAAUAGGGCAGAGUAUCCAUUGGGCACCACUUCGUACUACUUUGAAGUGGCUUUUUUGUUCAAAUCUGUUAUGUCUAACAUUAGAGAACUGUGUACACUACUGUUAGAGUAAUUAUUAGCUUUAUUAUCUUGUAUUACAGACUCCUUUGAAGAGACUUUGGUGUGAUGUAUAUGGGGUAAAAAUUUCAUAUGGAGAAAAGUGCAAUAUGUGUGUGUGGUACGUUCUUUAAUGUAUUUUUUUAAUGAGUUAGAGGGUUUAGUCUCUGCUUUGGGAUAAAUGCACUAGUUUUGUGAGCUCCAGUUUAGCAAAUUCAUCUGUAGUAUUUACAUGCAACUGAUAUGCUGGACUCUGUAAAGCAAUUACAGUGUAUUAAUACAAAAUAAAGAAUACGUGCAUUUCAUUUUUAAAUAUCUAGUGAGCUAGAGCAGCCCCUGCCACUCUUGUGUUCUUAGCAGCCUCUUUAUGUAUUAUAUUGAGGUCAUUUUCUCUCUGAGGUACCAAACUACAAAUGACAAGAAAAGGAAUGUCUGCUGCAAAGGCUGAGUUUUCUAGACUGAAGUUUGGUUCCUAUCAUUUUGAUGUACUUGGGGUAGAUACCACUGACUUUUGAAGGCAAAUAUGAAUGGACAAAGCAUUUUAAUAACUUCAACAAAAAAAGCUGCAUUUCUUUACUGCCUGCUAUGCCAUGGAAUGUCAAACACUUCAGGGGCACGCCUCCAACACAGGCAAGAUUACCGGUCAGUGGUGUAUCACCUUGACUUUCAAAGAGGAAGGUUAUUCUAUACUACAUAUACACACUAUAUACAGUAUUAGUUUUGACAUUUCUCAACAUUAAUCAGUAUACACUAUCCAAAAGCAGUUUAAUGCUGGCCAUAUAAUGCUAAACCCUAGGAGUACUGUGUGAAGGGGAUGGGGGGACUGGGUCCCUAGUACCAUCAUCACAGCAUCCCACCAUGUCAUCCCAUGCUCCACUGAGAAGUACCAGACUGGGUUCGACCAGAAAAAGCACUUGCAGAAGGAGCUGCUUAGGAUCAGAAUUAUUACCUCACAGAAAGAAUCAAGAUUUUUCUUUUAGACAUCAUAGUAGAACAGUUUCCUCAAGACUCCAAAGUUACUGUGCAAUUUCUUGAGCUUAGAUUUUUUUUUGUCUGUUUCCUGUUACAUCGAGUGCAAUUAAAAAGAAAGAUUGUGUCCACAAGAAAGAUCUCCUUACCUGCUUUUCUAUUUUCUACAUUUACCUGUAAAAACAUUCCUUCUCUGUACAUCCUCUACAAUAUUUGUUUUAGCAGCUCUGCAAUGCAAAGCAGUUUAGGACAGGAUAGGGGAACCUCCAUGGGGGGGGUUGGCAGUGCUAAGUUAAUGGUUGGACUCAAUGAUCUAAAAGGCCUUUUCCAACCAAAAUGAUUUCAUGAUCCUGUAACCUCAAAAGAUUAGAUCAACUCUUUGCUGGGAAAAAACAAAGCUCCUCCAUUUCUCACUAAAAGAAACAGACCCAAAUAAAAACACUGGCCUAAACUCUUUAACUUAAAUCUCUUUUCUCUGUUGAGAAAAAGGUUGGGGCGGGGGGGGGGGGAAGAUAGGUCCCUGUUACAGCCAUUCUGGAUAGCAUAGGAGCAGUUAUUAGGGAACUGAGAGCAGAUUUUUUUUUUUUUUAAACUUACUUUCCAUUGAUUUAUUUUUUCAUAAAAAAGGCAAUUGGAUAAGGACAAUCUGAUGCUAUAGCUAUGGCUAUACCAUGCAGCAUCACUUGCAAUGGUUGUAUUUCCAUAGGUGUCAGUAUCACAUGGGGAUUUUACUGACUCUCCUAAAUAAAGAGAAUUUUGGAAAACUACUCAUGCAACAGCAAGUUACAACUAGGUUCUACUGAGCUAGUUAUGCUACCAGUUGCCAAGAGGCUGUAUUUCUGCAAUCCACAUACAUACACACAGAGUUUAAGGCAGACCAAAGAAUCAAGGCAGUGCAUGGGACGCUGCAGUCUGUUGUGGAGACUGGAAAAAUGAAUGCCACAAGAUUGUUACAGUACUUUCCUUAAUAGAAGACUCAUUCAAAAUGACUUAAGAUGACAUCAAGGAACAGUAGGCAAAGUUGGGGAAAAAUUUUUUUCUGUGGAAUCAGUAACAGGAUUACCCAUGUUUUCUGCUCGCCUCCUCCUCUGCUCAGACAGCAAGUUUGAAUUGGCCUGUAAGAGACCUCCUGAGAAGAAAAGUCCCAUUCUCAAGAAUACAAGACGACAUAGAUACUCAUAAAUUGCAUCCUGUUAACUACUUUCCUUAAAACCUUUUAUUCUGAUCUGGGGUGUAAUAGGCUUACUUUGGCUAAGACCAUCUAGGACUUUACUCUUAGGAAAGGCUUCUUUACUCUAGAACUAUUAGCAACAGCAGUGAAAAAUUCAUCUCACCCUGUUGCUUGAAGCACUAUACCACUGUCCUGUUGAGAAUGAAAACUGAAAGUGAACCAUACCUGUUCUCUGGCAAUUUAGGCAGAAAGUUUACAUUCACAGAGAGAAUGGGCAAAUCCAGAAGAGGCUCUGUGGAAAAGCAAAAUAUCAUGCUCUUCACAGAGGAAGCAUCAGAGACCAGAAGAUAACUAACAUAGGGAAAAUGUUACAGUUCUUCCAUAGGACUGCAACAACAGUUACAUGACACAAAAGGUCAUGAUGCGUGUGUACAUGGGGCAGGGAGGGGAAAUCUCAACAGCGCUAGCAACACUUGUGACCCUCAGGAUUUAUUGAGGAAACCCUUCCAAUAGGAAGAAAAGUGUGAUGCUCAGAGAUGUCAAGCAAAAAUUAGCUUAGUACCCAGCAGAUUCACCUAUCUGAAACUGCCGUCCCUAUUGCAUUUGUGCAACUGGCCAUGAACAGCCGCAGCAGAGCAGUCAGUAUGACGCACCGGGACACAAAACACUUUGCAACAGAAUUAACAGCUUGGUUUGUAACAGUACUAACCAACUGACCAUCUUCCACAUUCUCAUGAAUCAGAAGUGCCAAGAAGCCUUCAGACUAUGCACCCGGACAGAAUACCACUAAUGCUGUGCCUUAACUCUACGCCAAGCUCGACACAUUCGACAUAGGUCUCAUGGCUGCUUUCCCACAUACCCCGCUUCUCCGCUGACUCCUAAAACUCCUCAUACAGUCCUGGGCAAUGAUCCAAGCAAUAAGGGUGAAGUGCCGUUGUCUGCCUGCAUGCCCCACUUAAGCAGAGAACACAGGAUGACUCUAGCUGCGCAGGGACAGGGACUCUUACUCACUCCUUCCCCAACAGCAGCACAAACGGGCUACAUACAGGACAGGAAAAAAGAAUGCAGAUGCACUUUCCAAUACAGAUAUAGUCUAUCACUGCUAGCAGUCAAAGCAAAACCAGAGAAGGUCACGCCUUAAGGGGUUACCUCAACUAACCUUAUAAGCUGUCUGGAAGACAUGACGCUCCCGUCCCCCCACAAAAUGCAAAGGCUAAGCCCUCCUUAUCCCAGUGGAGCCAGGAGAAAGCCCUCCCCCUCACUGGAGUAAGUUCUGACUUACAGACUAGGUCAGAGCCUUUAAAUCCCUUGCAGAGUUGCAGAGCACAGCAUUUCUCUGCUGGGCCUGAGGCCAGCAGAGCUUUCCUUUUCAGCGUUAUCUGGCUGACAGUGCUCAUUUAAGUCCCUGGCAGAUGGAUCAGCACCGAGGCUGUCACAGGAACACAAUACACGAGGUAGCAGCCAACUAUCAGCACGGUUUAUGCAUGAGGUGAAAGCAGAAUGCAUGCACAUCUCUUCUGCUGAUUAGGCUUUUACAGUUUCAGUGUAGCUUUAAAACUGUGUCUGAAUUCAGUGCAUAACGUCUCUAUGGUCAUGAGCUUUGGCCUCUGUUCACCUUGCACCAGAAUCCUAAACACAUUUGGGAUAAGCCUUGAAAAGCUUCAUCCCCAAGUCCUUUUGGUAUACAGCAAAGCAAAGGGGUUGGGGGGGGAGUGGGGGGGUGUGUUAGUUGAAGGAAGAGUGGAGAGAAAGCCCAUGAACUGCUGCAUUAGAAAGAGGGAAAGGAUGAGUGUCUAGGAGAGGGCUGCAGGAGUAGAUAGCCCCAGAUAGUCUCAGUGAUAGCUCAAAAAGACACAAACCCCCACCCACACAUGCACUGCAAAAACCUGAUGCUCUGCACGUACAGAGCAGGAAGGACUUCUGCAGACCAGAAUGCAGACAUAUGGCCAGAAAAGCUCCAACAGCGAUACAGCCAACAGCUGUAAGCUUUAGUCUUACAAGGCUUCAGCCAAAUCUAGACACUGUUCCUCCUAGUACAGGCAGAUACUUGGACAGGUGAAGAGCACCAAACAGCAACAAGGCUGCAUGCAUUUACCUGGAGCUAUACUGACUUGGGCACUGCAAGGAUGCACCUACCCAGCUGCAAGACAGAGUUGGCCAGUUUCCUGAAACAAGGUAAGACCAGGUUUGUCGGCUGAAGAUGAAGUCUCCCUCCCCAGCUCUGCUUGCUGAGGUACUAACUCAGGAUUAUCUGAAACAUCAUAGGCAAGCUGCAAAGCUCACAGCAGAGUUCUCAGAUAAACAGCAUUGCCCAGUCCUGGGCAGCCCAGAGGAAUAAUCCACAUUACAGCCAUGCUUCUUCCCAGUUUGUGUCAAGCCCUCCACCAGCUACAUACAUGUCAGGGAAUUGUGAUGGCUGGAGCCAAACACAGCACUGACAGGAGUCAUCUGCUUUACAGUGACAGCCAGGGCAGGACUGUUUGCCUGCAAAUACAAUCUAGUUUCCUUCCUACAGCUCCUCCCAAGAGGCAGACUUUCUCCCACAGCAAAACAUCAGGCCCAUAAAAGCAAGCACCAGAAUAACAAACGCUUCGCCAGCACCUGUUCUUGACAGCCCCAACACCCUGCAGCACAAACAAGGACCAGUUUAUUUCAUGCCUACCGCUGAGCAUACCUUCACCUAGCCCUUGUGAGGUGGCAAAUGCAAUCAACAGAACAGAGCUUGAAGUUGAAGAGCAGUACACAAGCGAGGCAAAGCACUGUCUCAGGCCACGACAGAGACUCUGGAGGUUUUAUCUCCUGAUGAACUCUCCCAUUUUCACUGGACCGCAUGCGUUUUAGGUUCAGUUCUUCUUUGCCCCUUCUCAACUCAGCCUCCUGGAGAUGAGGGGACUGUUCCCCUCCUGCUGCCUGCUGUCUAGAGAAACGUGAUAUAAACAUGAAGGCUGAAGGGAAUGGAGAAUGAAUGGGACCAUCCAGGUGUGAAAGCACUGAAAGGAACAAAGCGUGGGAGAAGGGCUUUGACAAUAGAAGCUGUAGAUGGCAUCUAGACUAACAGGACAUUCGGAUCCCAGCACACGGCAAGUUAAUCCUCACAGCUCACAGGAUAAGUGAGGAGUAGAGGAGCGAAGCAGAUUGAGAGACUGAUCCCUGUGAGCUCCUAAGGGGUCAAAAGGUAUUUCCAAAACCAGCAUCUCACUGCCAAUCUAAGAACCCAGGAGACAUAAGGAGGAUACCAUAUGCAUCACCCCUGUCUUCCAUCUCCAUCAUUGCAAAGAAUCCUGACCAGAUCACAUGGAUACACACACAUUGGUGCUUGUGAGCACGUGGGCACGAGAGUGCAAGCAAGAUCAAGUUCAUUUUGAAUUUAAAUGACAUUUUCCCCUCUUGUAAGAGCUCACAUUGUUGCAACACUAUUUUCCACAUCACCUGAAAAAGAACACAAGGUGCAGGUGGAAUGUGGAUAGACUUAAUUGCUAGACAACACAAAAGGGAAACACGUAUGCUAGGCUUUAUGCUAUGGCUGGUUUAGGAGAUAUAAGAAAAACAAACCAACCCACCGGUCUUUUCCUAAUGACUGUUAUUUCCUAAUGUGAAUGGAGCUGAUGGAUAGAGGGCUGCAUUACAUACAAAAAAAAAUAUUGUGGAUGUAUUUUGCAAUUAAUCACCACAUCAAAUAGCACCUGGAUCUACUUAAACUGGAACUGCUUAAAUAAAGAGUUGGCAGUCAAGUCAGAUGUGCACAUCCUGAAAGGCAGAGAGGGCUGCAUUUUGGCAGUUAUCUAGUAGAUUGGAAAAGGCUCAAACAAGUUUACGUCCCACACACAAAAAUAAGCAAGGAUUCAGAUAAUUUAUCGCCAAGACGGGCAGAGUGGGUCAACUGUUUAAAGGAUCUUAGAAGAUGUUUCUGAAGGAGCUGAUCCAAGAGAAGGACUUAUUGCUGAAGCAGUUUCAGACGUGCAAACCUGUCUGACAAUGAGGCGUAGUCUAGUAAAUACUGUUCUACGCAGACACAAAAGUGUAAAAUCUUUACUUUAAAUAAAGUAACUGGAGAGAAAGGGCAUCCUCUUGGUGUCUUCGAUGGGAUGCCCUCCUAAAAGGGUCAUGACACAGAGGAGAAUAUUCUCAGAAGCAGAGAGUUAAAACAAAAAGGCACAACAGCAACAGACUGAUGACAAUCAGACUUCACAAAUACUGAAGCAGGGAAUACAAUGUAAGAUGAGACUUGCAAGUAUAUUUAGAACUUAAUCACUUAAUUUGUAUUUUCUAAUGAGGGAGUAGAGCAUGACUAUUUAAUCAUUUAUAAGAACACCCUACACAUGAAAUUGAAGAAGAUUUAAGACUGAAUAUAAAAUUAUAGCAGAAAUUAGUUCACCCCUUCCUCCACUACCGGACAUUCAAGUUGCAAAACUGGAAAAUGGCGCAUACAUUCUGUAGCCCUCACCCUGAUGAGGACAAAAUACAAGGAACAUUGCCAAGCAGGUCAAUCGAGCGUAGAGAAUUGCAAGUUGAGACAACAAAAGCAUUGCAAUUUCUGCCGAUUCAGAUUAUUUUCUGAUGGGAAUAUUAUAUUGCAUGCUUGGAGUGGAGGUCAGAUGGCAGAAAGCUCAUUUUAAAUAUGAUGAAAUUCUAAUUGGGUGAAUCUCACAGGGAAUCAACUGUGAUUUGUACACAAAAUCUCAAAGGAAUAAGAAUCAGGAAAAUGAAUAGAGAAAUAAGGCAGAUUUAGCUGCUAAAGCAGUCUAGGGCACAUGGAACAACUAGUAAUGGCUGUUAUUUUGGCAGAACAGAAACAAGACUAAGGCAGAUAGGAAAAGGAGGAGUUGAUAAACUGAAGUCAUAACAUUUUACAUGAUAACUAGAAAAAGACAAGUAGUAGUGUGGAAUAGCAUAGGUAGAAACAGGUGCCAAGAGACUGGAUCCAAAAUUGAAAUGUGCAGAAAAAGAGGCAAGACAAAGUCAAGUCGCCUCCCUGUGCCACCCCAGCAGGCUGUCAGACUGCGUGCACACUUAUGAGUACAUUUUAUAUGUAAGUGGACAAAAGCAGCCCAGUGCAAUGAACAUUGUCUGGUAGCAAUUCCUUGUUCAGAGGGGUUACAGAGCCUUCCAGCGUUCAUACGUGAGAAGUAGGAGACUCUGGAGCGUGUUUGAAACUGACACCCCAAACCCCCCAAUCCACAGGCUAAAUGGGAAGGCCCUUUUGUAAAGAAACAGACCAGCCUCUGGCAUUUAAUACAAAUGACCCUCCUUAUAAACAAAUGCCACAGGUGAAGGAAGACACAAGAAAGAAACUGGAGCAGGACAAUCAGCAAGGAGGUAAAAAUAUGGGGGGUGGGGAGGAAAUCCCAUUUGAAAGCUUCACCAAUGAAGGGAAGCUUGCUCUCUCAGUGGGGAUGUACAUGCCUCUUACUGUUAAUGGGAAUUGCAAAAUAAUGAAUGUUUUUGCCUUCACUGCUUUAAGGAUUAUAGGAGGUGAUUGCAAAGCAUCUGUCUAUUGCUUACACCUCAAAAUACAGAGAAUAACACUGUGCCAUUGACUAAGGUUUCCAAGUCUAAUGGAAUAUUACUCUGUGUGGACUAAACACGAUAUUAACCUGAUUUGGACAGGUUAUUCUGAUUCUCAGUGGUUGAAAAUUAGCAGAACAAAGAGUAAUUAUAACAGAGCAUAGACAUCCAGACAGACUAAGAAAUUUUAGGUUAAUCUGAGUGUAAAAUCCCAAGACAACGGAAACUGAAACCAGGGAAGAGACAUGUCUAGCUUACAGUAUCCUCUAAUGUAAAAGGAAAGGCCCCUAAUGAAAAUUCAAACCUACAGUUUCAGCAACAGAGAAUACCAUUCAGGGCCAAUAGUUUAUUAUUCACAAGCUGACAUCGAACAGCAAAACUGCGUAUGAUGUUAGAAAACCAACAAAUAGUACAUAGGAUGAGAAGUUAAUCCUGGAGGCUCACAGAAUAAAGGGCAGGGGCCAGGAGGGGAGUAAAGAUUGAGAAACUGAACCUUGCCAGCACCUAAAGGGGUCACAAGGAAUAUGCUAAACCCACACAUCACCACCGAUCUAAGAAUAACUACAGAGGCGCAAGUAGGGUGGCCUAAGGCAGCAUCCCCGUCCUCAGCAUCCUUGCAGGGAAUCCCAGACAGACCACGCGGAUAUAUAUACGCAUCAUGGCAACAUGCUUACGAGCAUGCGGGUACAAGGGUGUAAACAAUUCAGUCAGGCUCCUUUUAAAAUAAAAUCACCUUCCCCUCCUAUAAGACUUCACACUGUGGUUUGCUAUAUUGCCACAACAUUAUUAUCCGCAACUGUUUCUAAACAAUAUAGCCUUAUGUGUGGGAUCUUCCCUCUCCACCAGCCAAAGACUGCAGCAGUAUGCAACAGGAACCUUCGUCACCUCCCACCCAAGCCUCACGAAGCUACAGAGAUGAGAGGGGCAGUUCAGCGUAUGGCUCACAGUGGCUUGUUUCAAAAGCUGUCUGCAAAUCCAGGUGGGCUGCUCUGCUCCAGCUACACUCAGCUCACAUCGAAGCAGCUUUUUCUAACCCAAACUGCUGGAGCCAUGCUUUUUAAUCAAAGCCGAGACCGAAGCACACAACAGCAGCGCCGCGUGAUAAUACCAGGAUGCCCAAAACACUCUGUCCAAGUCCAGUCUGUUGCUAAAAAGAAAAUGGAAUUAUGCUGUGAGACACACUGAUUUCCCUUUGUUCCUCUACAAGCACUGAUACCAAUAAAAGGCUAUUCAGGGAAAGGAGACUCAUACGCUAGAUCUUAUCCUUCCAGUUUACUUCUGAAGUUCUCUCCCUCCACUUUCCAGGGCUUUCCAGCAGGGAUUCAGUACAAUAUCCCUAAUGGGAAGGCUCCAUUUCCCAUAGAGCUAUCACUCAGUGUUAGGAAAGAGUUUAAAUAUGGUGGUUUGAGAAGAGAUCUCUUUGCUCAAAAAGGUACUUAAAUGCGGUAAUUUUCUGCCAGGAAAAUGCCAUAAUGUGGUUUUAUGUAGCAGUCCCUGCUGAACUGACUUAUCAGCAAAUAAAGGCUACAGUGUUUUGAUAAGAAUCCAUGUGGUGUUGGUUUGCAGAAUAGGAGCAAAAUGAGUUGCACACAGAAAGCUACUAGGAGGUUUGUUCCCAAAAUACUCACAAAUGGACAUUUACUUAGCUGAGAAUUAUAUGCUGAGUUCUGGAAAGGUUAGGUGCAUUUAGGGAGUUCAUAAGCUCUUUGCAGCUUGUCUCCUGCAGACUGCUAUAGCGGAGAGAAGCUGAGAGGGUGCAGCUGCUGACGUCAAUAGGGUAAAUGAUACCAUGUACUGAAAUCACCCGGGUAUGCAUUACCCUUUCCACAGAGCCUGCUGAGCACACUGUGCUGCAAAGCAGCCUGGGAAGCCCAGGUGUCUACUUGCAUGGAAAAUGCUACAUCAGAUCAAGGAAAUAUUCUUCAGGACCACCACCUCCCCCCCUGCCCCCCCCCCC